AUUUCGCGUCCGUCGAGCGCACACAAGUGCACCUUCGUCUCGUCCCCUCGGCCGUCCGCGACAUGGGAGUGGUGAUCGAGAGCGAUCGAUGGGAGCCGAAGCCCUCCGCCUUCAUCGUUCUCUCCGCCGCCUGCUUCGCUUCCGUCUUUCUGCGCCCUUACUUCUCCAAGAGCAACGCCGCCAGGGGAUCCGGGGCGUCUUCUCUGCUCGAUCUCGGCCCUACGGCCCCUUUUCUUCGCUUCCAGAGGGGCUUCUUGCUGCUCUACUCGCUGGCUUCCGUAAUGGACGGCCUUGAAUCGAUGUUUGGUGAGUAUGAGUUCGCACUAUACGGAAUCAGCCGUGAGCAGAUGACAUGCUAUCUCUCCAUAGGAGCUGUGGUUGCUCUCGUUUUUGGUACUUUCUCCGGCGUUCUUUUUGAUAUGGUGGGUCCAAGAAAGGCUUGUCUGUUAUUUUGCAUUCUUCAUCUUUUUGUUGGUGUCUUGAAGAGUGUGGUCAGGCAUCCAACUGUCUGGAUAUCAAGUAUAUGCUUAUCACUUGCUUCUUCUUUGUUCUCAUUCUGUUAUGAGACAUGGAUGGUAAUGGAACAUGAAAAGCAAGGUCACAAGCAAGAUCUUCUGAGUGAUACAUUUUGGUUGAUGACCUUUUUUGAGUCUCUAUCUCUAAUCGGCAGCCAAGGGCUGGCAAAUUUGUUAGUUAAAGAUCUUAAAAGAAGAUCCCUUUCCCCUUAUGUUCUGGCUGCCUUAUUGGCAAUUUUAAGCGCUCUCUGUAUCAGGAAACAAUGGAGCAGAAGUUAUCAUAUAAUUUCUGUUGACAGUUAUAUAAAAUCAUUCUCAGCUCAUGUUCUUAGAGACAAAAAGAUUUUGGCUCUAGCAUGGACUCAAGCAAGUAUCCAUUUCUCCAUGUCAGUUGUUUGGAUCCUUUGGGCACCGACCUUAGUGGCAGAUGGAAGGGAGGUGAAUCUAUCUAUGAUAUACCCAUGCUUUAUUGGCUCAAGAAUGCUCGGGAGCACUGUUUUUCCAUGGUAUUUUAGUGAGGUAAAAUCAUUUGGAAAUGAGGAUUGCCUAACAACCGCUUUGGGGGUUGCUGGUUUAGCUUUGUUCAUUGUCGCUUAUGAUUACCAGGAGAUUGGAUUUCUGGUUAUUCUAUUUUGUGUCUUUCAUGCUUGUGUCGGGUUUAGUUUGCCUUCACUUGCAAGAUUGAGGACAAUGUACCUACCUAAUGAGCUUCGUGGGGGGAUGAUAAGCUCCUCGCUAGCACCGGCUAAUGUAGCAAUUUUGUUAUUUCUGCUCAAGGGUGGUUAUCAUCAAAAUCUUGCGAAUUCUACAAUUAUGGCUCUUUCUGCUUUUGGCCUAUUAAUUGCUGCUGGCUGCAUUUAUAAACUGAGAUCAUGGCGAAAGCAGUGCCGUCAAGACUGGCAUUAUACAUAACCACAAUAAAAAUAGUCCAAGAGCUAAUCAGGCACAUCUCAGAUAGUCUUUUGUUCUAUGCUCAUAAGCACAGAAAGCCAGGGUUCCUUUCAGUUUGUCGAUUCUUGUAUCUUGCAUUCCUUCAUGGAUCUUGUUGAGGCUGAGACAACCGUAGUAUUGUUUGUUUUAAUCAAUGUUUUGCAGUGAAUUUGAAAGACGUGAGGUGUUGUAAGAAUGGGACUCAGUACCAGUCAAUUUUUGGCACGUCAGAGGACAAGAAUUUACUAAGAUGAGUCCUAACAUGAUAAAAAAAAAGAAUAAACCUGUAGAAAGGGCGUUGCAGUUUCUUUCUUCUGCAACUGGAGCCUAUACUAAGGUAACCCAAGUGAGCACCCCUCUAUUUGUUCCCUCAGUACAAACUUUUUUUGUUUUUUGAGCAAGUUUAAUUUCUGUCAAACAUUGCAAAGUGACUAUGUUACAUCUCAAGUUAGAAAACGUAUGUUCCAUUACCUAAUUAUCAAAGUAUUCGAAUGAUCGAUCGGGUUUAUUCA